GGUAACGAUCACUGAUCUAAUAUCAACUUGUUGGAGAACUCUGCCUUUUCACAGCAUACAGAAAUGAUUUCAAUGGGAGGCCUCACGGGGUUCUGGAUACUUGCACUGCUGACUCUUCUUGGUGCAGACAUUGGAGAGUGCCAAAGAAACUCUCUCAAUGAGCCUGACGUCCCCUUCCCGCCUGCCUUUCCCACCCCUCAGAACCUCGCUGCCAUCUGCCUUCACGGUCAGGGUCGACCCAGGUACCCGGCCAGCUUCUUCCCGAGCUCCGGGGCCAGUCACUUCCGUCGCUGUGGAGAUGCCAUCAACCGUCUGGAGUCGUGGUACAGUUUGUGCUGCAGCGGACAGGUCGCCCAGGAGAGCAGCCAGAUCCUCUGCUGCACCCGGCAAGCUUGGAAACAGGCACUGUCUCAGUUCUGUGUGGAAGAAUACUCCGUCAUGACAUCCCCCUAUGAGUGCUGUGAGGACAGAGGAGACGCACGCUGGACCUGCUUUAACAGCGAGCUCCCAAAUCCAGACUACAACCCUGUACCAGGGUACACUGCACCCGCAAUCCCUCUGCAGCCAGGAUUCAACUUCAAUGCUAAUGCUUGCUAAAGGUGACAGAUGCUUAGAGGAGGACGGGACAUGCUGGUGAUGUUUGUGCUACAAAGGAUGAAAACACAAAAGAUUUGAGACAAUUAUGAAUGUUUUUCUGAAAAGUUUUUUCAUGAAAUCAAGAAACACGUUUUUUUUUUGUUGCAAAUUGUGUAACUCAGUUAAAUGUUUGGCCUUUGCAAAUUU